AUGUCGUCGACGUCUAAAUCCAAGUCGCGCGUGCGCCUCUCGCGGCUGCUCUCAUACGCGGGGUGCAUCCGGCCACGUGCAGACGAGAGUGAGCUGGUCGGAGAGAAGGGCUUUCAGCGCCACGUGUACUGCAACGAGCCGCAUCACCACGUGGAGAAAGGCAGUCCGCUUCGUUAUUGUAACAACUCAAUUUCCACCACUAAAUACUCGAUACUGUCCUUCCUCCCCAAGGCGCUAUUCGAGCAGUUCCGCCGCGUCGCCAAUCUCUACUUCUUGCUCUGCGCCAUCCUCGCGCUCACGCCGCUCACGCCGUACGCGCCGUACAGUCUGAUCGCGCCGCUCGUGCUGGUGGUGGGCGUGAGCAUGAUCAAAGAGGCCAUCGAAGACUGGCGCCGGUAUCUCGCUGACGACGAGGUGAACAAGCGCAAGGUGCUGCGGCACGAGGGCGAGGGGCGGUUCGAGCCGUGCGAGUGGAAGGCGGUGCGCGUGGGCGACGUAGUUAAAGUGCUCAAGGACGAGUUCUUCCCCGCGGACCUCCUAAUGCUCGCCUCCAGCUACCCGGACGGCAUCUGCUACGUCGAAACAAUGAACCUGGACGGCGAGACGAAUCUUAAACUGCGCAAGGCGCUCGAGCGCACGCUUCCGCUCGAGGACCCCGAGGCGCUCGCGAAAUUCACGGCGGAGAUUAAGUGCGAGGACCCGAACCCGAGUUUGUAUACGUUUGUAGGGAAUUUGGAGUGGGACGGCGAGGCGACGUCGCUGACCGCGGCGCAGGUGCUGCUGCGCGACUCGAAGCUGCGCAACACGGCGUGGGUGGUGGGGGUCGUUAUCUUUACCGGCCACGACAGCAAGGUCAUGAUGAACUCGACGGCGGCGCCGUCGAAGCGCAGCUCGAUCGAACGGCGCAUGGAUAAGAUCAUCUAUUUUCUCUUCGCGUGCCUGCUGCUGAUGGCGAUCGUGGGGAGUAUCAUUUUCGGCAUACGCACGAAGAAUCAGAUGCCGUCUUGGUGGUACCUCGCGCCGACCGACACUAACGCGUAUUACGACCCCGCGAAACCCGCCGUGUCGUCCGUGCUGCAGUGCCUUACGGCGAUUAUUCUCUACGGUUACCUCAUCCCCAUCUCGCUGUACGUAUCCAUCGAGAUUGUUAAGAUCUUCCAAGCGUGGUUCAUUAGUGCCGAUCGUGGGAUGUACUUCGCGGAAACGGACAUGCCGGCGCGCGCGCGCACGAGUAAUUUGAACGAGGAGCUAGGACAGGUGGAUACUGUGCUAAGCGACAAAACCGGCACGCUGACGUGUAACCAGAUGGAUUUUCUCAAGUGUUCCAUUGCUGGCGUCGCGUACGGCCGCGGAAUCACCGAGGUCGAGCGCGCCACGGCGCGGCGGCUCGGGCGGGAUCUGAGCGAGCUGGAGGAUUACGACGAGGAGGAGGAGCGCGCCGCGGCGGAGGCGGCGGCGAGCGGGACGGCGAAGCCGGGGGUUAAGGGGUUCGCGCUUCGGGAUAACAGGCUGCUGGACGGCGCGUGGCUGCGCGAGCCGCACCGCGAGGAGAUCCGCGCGUUCCUGCGCGUGCUGGCCGUGUGCCACACCGUCAUUCCCGAGGUGGACGAAGCUUCCGGGCAGGUGGAGUACGAGGCGGAGUCGCCUGACGAGGCGGCAUUCGUGGAGGCGGCGCGACAGAUGGGCGUCGCGUUCUUCAAGCGCACGCAGACGACCGUUUGGGUGCGCGAGCCGGACGAGACGGGGCAGAACACCGUUGACAGGGAGUACACGAUUCUAGCACUGAUAGAGUUCAACUCGACGCGCAAGCGCAUGUCAGUGGUGAUCCGAGACCCCUCCAACCGCAUCCUCCUCAUGACCAAGGGCGCCGAUUCCGUCAUAUACGAGCGCCUAGCGCCCACCGGGCGGCAGCAUUUGGAAGCUACCCGGACCACCCUGCACCGGUAUGGGGAGGCAGGGCUGCGGACGCUGGCGCUGGCGUACAGGGAGUUGAGUGAGGAGGAGUGCGGGGAGUGGCUGGAGCGGUACGAAGGGGCGCGGAGGAGUCUGAGCGCGGAGAGGGAGGCGUUGGUUGAUGCUGCUGCGGAGGAGAUUGAACAGGGGCUCACUCUGCUGGGGGCCACGGCUGUGGAGGAUAAGCUGCAGCAAGGGGUACCGGAGGCCAUAGACCGGCUGGCACAGGCGGGCAUCAAGAUCUGGGUGCUGACAGGGGACAAGCUGGAAACGGCCAUCAACAUCGGCUUCGCAUGCUCGUUGCUGCGGGACGACAUGAAGCAGAUCGUGGUGUCUCUUGACUCGCCAGACAUUCGCAAGCUCGAGGACACCGGGGACAAGGAGAAGCUUGCUGCUGUGAGUAUUGAUAGUAGCACUGGUAAGCUCAAGGACACUGGGGACAAGGAGAAGCUCGCUGGUGUGAGUAUUGUAGCAAGGGGUGCUGUGCGGUGCAGUGUGGACACCGGGGAUAAGGAGAAGAAGCGUGCUGCAGCGCAUGCAAGAAGCGUGCUGCAGCGCAUGCAAGAAGCUUGCUGCAGCGCAUGCAAGAAGCUUGCUGCAGCGCACGAAAGAAGCGUGCUGCAGCGCAUGCAAGAAGCGUGCUGCAGCGCAUGCAAGAAGCGUGCUGCAGCGCAUGCAAGAAGCGUGCUGCAGCGCAUGCAAGAAGCGUGCUGCAGCGCAUGCAAGAAGCGUGCUGCAGCGCAUGCAAGAAGCGUGCUGCAGCGCAUGCAAGAAGCGUGCUGCAGCGCAUGCAAGGAGCGUGCUGCAGAAUGGAAGUCGCUGCAGUGCCUGCCAGCGUUGUGGUGCAGUGCGGUUCCGUCUGGUCUGAUGAAAAUGCAUUGUGUGGAGGGACAGGGUGAAGCGCCUGCUGCUCGACGGCUCCCCGCGCGUACACCCCACCUUUUGCCACACCCCUUCACCUCCCCCCUCCCCUUUUCCCCUCCCUCUCCCGUCCACAAUGACACUCCCCCCUCGCCCCCCCUUCCCCAGGUGUGCAGGGACAGAGUGAAGCGGCUGCUGCACGACGGCGCUGCUCUCAUCGACCGUGCCCGCGAGGGGGGCGCUCCUGCUGCAGGGGAGCAUGCUAAUGGUGGGGACGCGGCCGGCACCGGCAAUGGCGACGGGGGAGAAGGGGACGGGGAGGUGGACGAGGAAGGGAACGGGGACGGGGAGGGGUCAGCGAGGGUGUUUGCGCUGGUGAUAGACGGCAAGUCGCUGGCGUUUGCACUGGAGCCGGAGCUGAGGGCGGCGCUGCUGGCGCUCGCCAUGCAGUGUGCCUCUGUGGUGUGCUGCCGCGUGUCGCCCAAGCAAAAGGCGCUGGUGACACGGCUGGUGAAGGACACCACAGGGCGCACGCACGACACUGGCAUUGGGGAUGAGAAGCAGCAUCGCUGA